AUGCACGCGUACCACUCGACGCUGCUGCCGUCUUCGGCGAUCCAUCACUCCCUCUACCUCGCCCAUUUCACCCCUUCGACCAUCUACCCGUUGCCAAAACCGCAUGCCGCCCUCGAAGUGCCAGACGUAAAGGUCGUCGGCAACCUCGUCGUUGCCGGCGGCCAGGAUCUGCGCGUGUUCGAAAUCAGAGAGGAGUCGACUCCCCUCCCCGAUGACGAGAGCGCCGUCCCGAAGCAGGAGGAUAUGGACGUUGGCGAUAGCUUCUUCGACUCGGCACCCAUUGAGCGAGCACCCGUUCGGUAUAAAACGACAAGGAGAUUGCACCUCCUCACGCGGCAUACGUUGCACGGAGUAGUGACCGGACUCGCAGGACUGCGUACCAUUGACUCGAGUGUCGAUGGUCUUGACCGAUUGCUCGUAUCCUUUGAGCAUGCCAAGUGGUCCCGAGGAGACAUUGCGACCGUCUCGCUGCACACGUACGAGCGUUGCCAGCAGAUGAUCAACGGCAACUUCCAGGGCUAUGUCCCGAUGCUGCGUAGCGACCCGCUGUCCCGCCUUGCGAUCCUGACGCUGCCUGAGGAUGCACUCGCGGUGCUGCCCAUUGUCCAGGAGCAGUCGGAGCUGGACGCGAUGCAGGACUCCGUCUCAAGCCCCGAGAUCAAGAAUAUCAAGGACUUCCUGUUCCUCCCUGGCUUCCACUCGCCAACAAUUGCGCUCCUAUUCGCGCCGAUGAACACCUGGGCCGGCCGCUACAAGAGUGUCAAGGACACAUUCCGCCUCGAGAUCCGCACGAUCGACACCUCGGCCGGCGGCACGUACCCCCUCAUCACGUCCGUGACGGGUCUGCCGAGCGACUCGCAGUACCUGGUCGCAUGCCCGAGCGAGGUCGGCGGUGUUGUCGUCGUCACGGCGUCGGGUAUCAUCCACAUCGACCAGUCGGGCCGUCUCGUCAGCACGUCCGUCAACGGGUGGUGGAACUACACGACGAACAUGAAGAGCGACUCGUCGUAUGAGAGCCAGAAGCUCGCACUCGACAAUUCGCACGCCCAAUUCGUCACUGAGAACGACAUGCUUCUCGUUCUCGAGACGGGAGAGGUACACCAGAUCCGCUUCGAGAUGGACGGUCGUGCCGUCGGUGCGAUCAAGGUCGACGAGCAGUCCAGCACUGUCCCGCCGCCAUCGACGCUUGUGCCCGCCGGCUCUGACGGCAUUUUCGUUGGGUCGGUCGAGGGCGAUUCGCUGCUCGCCAUGGUGGAGAAGGCGAGGGAUCAGUCUGCUCAGGAGGAGCCGGAGACGAAGCAGCAGGAGAUGGACGUGGACGAUUGGGAUGAGGAGGUCGCCACGGGACCUGUCACUGUGUCGGUGAAGGCUCAAGACGUCCUCUCUGGUAUUGGGCGGAUAGCGGACAUGGAGUUCGGAAUUGCGGUCACCGACCUCGGAACGCGGACAUACCCUCAGCUCGUCUGCAUCGGUGGAGGUUCGCAAGGUUCGACAAUGAACGUGUUCCGUCGAGGUAUCCCGAUCACGAAGAGGCGCCUGUUCGAGCAGCUGCGGACCGCGGUCGCGACAUGGUUCCUGCCCGUUGAGCGAGCGAAUGCGCCCAAGUUCAAGGACAUCCCGGAGAGCGAGCAGUCGACCAUCGCCAUUGCCGCGACGCAGGAGGGCUCGACGCAGAUCUUCGCCCUGUCGACGAGAAAGGUGCAGGAGCGUAUCGCCGAGUUCCCGGAACCGGCCAUCGCGACGGGCACAUGGCUCAGGCGGACACGCAUCGUGCUGGUGCUUCCUAGCCAGGUGCUGCUACUCGACUCGAACGCCAACCCCGUCGGAACCAUAUGCGAGAUGUCCGACGCCCCGCCCAUUGUCGCCGCCAGCAUCGCCGACCCAUACGUGCUCAUCCGGAGAGCGGACGGCAGCGUUUCAGUCUUCGUCGGAGACACGGUGGAGGGCAAGUGGUCCGAGGCGCCCAUGCCAGAGGGCCUGGCGCUUCCUGUAUGCCAGGCCGCGGAGGUGUUUACCGAUACCACCGGUAUCUACCGAACCUUCGAGGCGACGCAGGGCGUUAAGGAGGAGCCUGUGAAACCGGUGCCGACGAAGCAGGGCCAGAAGGCCAAGAUCCACCUGACGGGCGAGCAGCUGAAGCGGCUGCAGGACUCGAAGCCGGCGAUCAGUGCCGACGUCGCGACGACCGAGUCCGCCUUCAACGCCGCGCGCGGUACGCAGUGGAUUGCGCUCCUCGCGCAGUCGGGCGAGCUGCAGAUCCGCUCACUGCCCGACUUUGACCUCGUUCUCCAGUCGAACGGCGUCUACGACUCGGAGCCGAGUUUCACCGACGACCAGACGGGCGAGCUGCCCGAGCUGGAGGAGGGAGAUGAGGUGUCGCAGAUGCUCUUCUGCCCUAUUGGAACGAGGACGCUGCGACCGCACGUCAUUGUGCUGCACCGCUCAGGUCGUCUCAACAUCUACGAGGCGCAGCCGCGCUUCACUGUCGACGCGCGCGACCAGUCUCGUCGUUCGCUCGCUGUCCGCUUCCGCAAGGUUCACACGCAACUCCUCAGCGUCACGCCGAGCUCGACCGUCAAGCCGGCCGCCAUCCCUUUCACGGACAUCGAGGGCCUGACUGGCGCCUUUAUCACUGGCGAGCGCCCGCACUGGAUCAUCUCGUCCGACUCGCAUCCCAUCCGCGCGUUCGGUCUGAAGCAGGCCGCGUACGCCUUCUGCAAGACGACGCACCAGGGCGGACACGGCGAGUACUUCCUCCGCAUCGAGGAUGGCUCGUUCAUCUGCUACAUGCCGCCAACGCUGAACACGGACUUUGCGAUGCCAUGCGACCGCUACAAGAUGGAGCGUACGUACACGCACGUCGCUUUCGACCCGCCCUCGUGCCAUUACGUCGCGGCUGCGGCAAUGUCGGUGCCGUUCCAGGCGUACGAUGAGGAGGGUGAGAUCCUGCUCGGUCCUGAGGGUCCGGACCUCCUGCCGCCGAAGAACGAGCGAUCAUCGAUCGAGCUGUUUUCCGCUGGCUCUGAGCCCUUCCGCGUCCUCGACGGAUACGACUUCGACCAGAACGAGGAGGUGUUAUGCGUCGAGAGUGUUACGCUCGAGAGCUCGUCCUCCCCCACCGGUUUCCGCGACUUCAUCGCAGUCGGAACGGGAAAGAACUUCGGCGAGGAUCGCGCGACCUCAGGUGCCGUGUACGUGUUCGAAGUCGUCGAAGUUGUCGGCACGAAACCGGGUGUCUCAAACUGGAGGCUGAAGUACCGAUGCAAGGACCCGACUCGCAACCCCGUUAGCGCCAUCGCGAACAUUAACGGAUACAUUGUGCACUCGAACGGCCCGAAGAUCCUCGCCAAGGGUUUGGACUACGACGAUCGCCUGAUGGGUCUCGCCUUCCUUGACGUGAGCAUGUAUGUGACGUCAAUCAGGGUAUUCAAAAACCUGAUCCUGGUCGGCGACUUUGUCAAGUCGCUUAUCUUCGCGUCGCUGCAGGAGAACCCUUACAAGUUUGUCACGAUCGGGCGGGAUCUGGCCGACCUGUCGCUGACGGCGGCCGACUUCCUUGUACACGAGGGCCAGGUCACCUUCAUCACGAACGACCAGCACGGCAACAUGCGUCUCGUCGACUUUGACCCCGCGAACCCAGACAGCUUGAACGGCGAGAAGCUCCUGACGCAGACCGAGUUCGGCACGGGCUGCCCCGUCACUGCGUCGUGCAUGAUCGCCCGGCGCAAGACGGCAGAGGAGGAGUUCGCCCCCCAGAGCCAGCUCAUCUAUGCCACGGCCGAUGGCGCCAUCACGUCCGUUGUGGCAGUCAAGGAGGCGCGAUUCAAGCGUCUUCAGCUCGUCCAGGACCAGCUGGUGAGGAACGCGCAGCACGUCGCGGGCCUCAACCCGAGGGCGUUCAGGACGGUGCGCAACGACCUCGUACCUCGCCCCCUGGCUCGAGGUGUGCUGGACGGAGGACUGCUGGCGCACUUCGCCCUGCAGCCGCUCAGGAGACAGAGGGAGAUGAUGAGGCAGAUUGGCACAGACGCAGUCACUGUCGGAAGCGAUCUGUACACGCUUGGAGGGUUUUGGUGA